AUGCUGCGCCAGGUCGUCAAGGUCCUCACCGACCCCACCAGCGCGGGGCUAGGUGGGCGUCCGGAUGAGCCGCUGCUGCUGGUGCAGAAACUAGCACUCGACGAGACGGAUGCUAUCUUCGGCGCCUUCGAACCCAGGUUCCUGGGCUACGCCGCGGACGCCGGGUCGUGGAGCCCCCUUCCUGGCGGCUUCAGCCGUUGGUUGGCGAGGUACCACAGGGUUGCCUUGCACGGAAGUCGGCCGGUUCUGGCUACUGUCCACGGCGACGACGUGUGCGCCUUGGAGAAGGAGCUAUAUCUGGGGGUCAGGGUGCCGUCGGAGGCGGGCGGUGUAACGCCGAACGACAUUAUCGACAGCAUCGCGGAGGAGCCCCCGGCGUCGGCGUCGGCCGGAUUUCGGCGCCAGGCCACAAACGAGCGCGGCAAAGUUUCGAUACCUGCCGAUCGGGUUCGGGAAACUCGCAGCGGCCUCCCGCACACGGCGUACAUCGACGCCGCCAGGCGGCAGCCCGAGGUCCUAAUAGAGACCUGCCCGAUCGACAGGGCCGGCAGUCAGCUACGACUUGCUGUAUUCCAGGGCAACACCUUAGACAGAGACCCCAGAACCAAGAUCUGGAAGCAGAUGACGUAA